CGGUUGCUACAGAAGAAGAAACAAAAGCCCGAAUAAAGACAUAGAAAAAGUCGGAAUCCAAACAGUCCAUUAGGACCAUUACACAUCUACAAAUACAAGGGGGAGCCAGAAACGGAGGUUGACUUGACGAUCAACGGCAACAGCAGCAGCAGCGGCGGAGCAGAAAAUGGUGUCGUACAUGAGCCUGUUGAUGUACGGAGUUGGGGGCAUAGUGGUAGCGGGGAUGGCGCUGCUCGUCGCCUUCCAGGAGAAGCUCGUUUACGUACCGGUGCUUCCGGGUGUCACCAAGUCCUACCAGAUAACGCCCGCCCGCCUCGGCCUCACCUACGAGGAUGUUUGGCUCCGAUCCUCUGAUGGGGUUAAGCUCCAUGCGUGGUUCAUCAAGCUCUUCCCCGACUGCCGAGGUCCAACCAUCUUAUUUUUCCAAGAGAAUGCUGGAAGUAUCUUUUUCAUUGUACUCGAUUAUCUUUAACAUUUCUAGGAAGAUUUAGGUUCUAAUUUUUGUUUUCAAGUCCUUUAGUGGGUACAUAUUUGCCAUAAUUUUCCGUUUAUGAGAAUGAGAUCCAAUUACCUUGAGCAGCCUUAACUACUGAUCUGCAGAUAUUGCUCACCGUCUUCAAAUGGUUCGCAUAAUGUUGCGGAGGUUGCAGUGCAAUGUCUUCAUGCUUUCAUAUCGAGGGUGCAUUUCUAGAUUACCU